UUUUUUCUAGGAUUUUGUAAUGUAUUGAUGUGUUUACGCUAUGAUGAGCGGCCGCAACCUCUCUCCGAUUUGAACAAGUGUUUUAUUGUUUGUGUAUAACAAAGUGCUGUGUUGUGUAGUUCAGAAUGGCGAGGUUAACGGAGGAGAUGGUGAUCGCUAGAUCAAAGCAGUCGGACCUAUCUGCUAUUAAGAAGUUGAAUUGUUGGGGUGCAGAGCUCGGCGACGUCAGUUUGCUGAGGAGGAUGCCCAAUGUGGAGGUGCUUGCAUUUAGUAUAAACAAGAUACGCACGCUGGGCGACUUCGCGGCGUGCCGGCGGCUGCGCGAGCUUUACGUGCGUAAGAACGAGAUCCGCGACCUGGCGGAGAUCAGACACCUGCGGCACUUGCCCGACCUCACCAGCCUGUGGCUGGACGAGAACCCGUGCACCCUGCAUCCCGAGUACAGGAUGACGGUGCUUAGGAAUCUACCAAAUCUGGAAAAGUUGGACAAUGUGGCUGUACAUCCUGAAGAGGUACAAGAGGCGAUGCGUCGCGGUGUGCACAUACCGGACUCUGAUGAUGAAGGGUAUCCUCAGCAGCACGACACAUACAGCCAGUGCCGGAGCCAGCGCUCGUGCGAGUCCAGCCCCGAGCGCGAGCCCGACCAGUUCUACCGGAACCAGCGGCUCGAACAGGUGCACAACAGCGACGGGUCUGUGGAAGAAGUGCCCGAGCCGCGGUCGCCGACCGUAGUGCAGUGUCCGCUGUCGCCGCUAGGACGGGCCGCGUCGCCGGACGACGAGCGGUACGAACACCCCGCCAUGACUUCCUCGCACUAUGAGCCGCGAGGUCCCCGCUCGCCCGACGCGGCGUCUCUACGACAUUCUGUGUCCGCGCAUAGUGUUAAGGACUACGCGUACUCGAACAGCAACGGCGAGUGGCGGCAGUUCGCGUCGCACGAGCCCAACGAGCGGUCCGACCGCAAUAACAGCGUUACCUCCAGAAGCGACACGCACUCUGUCCGCGAGUGGGAGCGCUCCAACAACGAGCGCGCCGAGCGAAGCGAAGCGAGGCGGAGCGACCGAAGCGAACGCGAAUAUCCGUCCGCCGUCAUGGGGGAGAGGAGGGGCUUCACGAGGAGACCGGUUGCUAGGAAUUCGAACCUGCUCUCCGCAGUGCUGUGUCUGGUGAAGGAAUUGGACUAUCCCAGUUUGGAAGUUGCUGAAAUGGCCGUCAGAUGUCGUAUGGACGAGUUAGCGAACAGCCAGUGACAUACGGCCACUACUGACUAAAGUCGGCUAAAAUAUUGCUAAAGCUGACUUUAGCUGGCUAACCUUAGCUGUAACUGGCUAAAAGUUCGUCAAUUGUGACAAGAGAGUUAGCAAAUACUCACUUAAGUUGGCUAAAUGUUAGCCGAUACUCACUUAAGUUGGCUAAAAUGGACUAAAGUGACAGCGUCUAAAGGAAUGUGGUAGUGCUAUUUGUGACCUUAUGGACGAGUGUAUAAAGUCGAAAUUCGUGUGAAUAGUGAUUAUGUGAUAGCGAUCGCUUUGGGUGGCUAAUAGUCAGUUUCACAACUUGUUGAUAUGUUCUGGUUAGCUUAUCUGUCAGAUAAAAAUGAAACUAUAAGAUAUACUUUGUCUAAUUGCUUCUAAGAAUGUAAAACUCGAAAAUUUUAAUAUGCUAGCAGUCUGCCCCGGCUUCGCCCGUGUUACAUGUUUACGUUUUCGCCAUAAGAACCAUCCUCGUACUUCAAGGAAUAUUAUAAAAGAAGAAUUAUCGAAAUCGGUCAAGCCGUUCACGCGUGAUGCCGUCACCAAGGGAAAUAUGGAUUUAUUUUUAUAUAUUAUAGAGAUGUAAAAAUACAAAAAGUGUUGAAUAGGCUAUCAGUAAAUUUAUCAGCAAGUUGUAAAACUGGCAGUUAAUGUUCAAAUAUGUACACAUGUGUAAAUUAGGUUAUUUUUACUGGCUUUGCAAUAAUCAAUUUUGACUCUUAAUGUAAUUUUGACGAUCAUUAUAAUAUUAGGUGAGAGAAUUAUUAAAAAACAUGU